UCUGGAAAAAUCCCUCAACCAUGAGGUUGAUCCUGUUUUUUGGUGCCCUGUUGGGACACAUCUACUGCCGAGAAACGUUUGUGGGAGACCAAGUUCUUGAGAUUCUACCAAGGGAUGAGGAACAAAUAAAGAAUCUGGUGGAGCUGGAGUCUGAAGAACAUCUUCAGCUUGAUUUCUGGAAACCUACUACCACCCCAGGGCAGACAGUCCAUGUCCGGGUUCCCUUUGUCAACCUCCAGGCAGUCAAAGUUUUCUUGGAGUCCCAGAGAAUUGCUUACUCCAUCAUGAUUGAAGAUGUCCAGGUUCUGUUAGACAAAGAGAAUGAAGAAAUGCUAUUUAAUCAGAGAAGAGAACGGACAGGAAACUUCAACUUUGGGGCGUACCAUAGCUUGGAGGAGAUUUCUCAAAAAAUGGAUGACCUCGUGGCUGAGUACCCGGAUCUAGUGAGCAAAGUGAAGAUUGGCUCUUCUUUUGAGAACCGGCCCAUGAACGUGCUCAAGUUCAGCACCGGUGGGGACAAGCCAGCCAUCUGGCUGGACGCUGGGAUCCAUGCUCGUGAGUGGGUUACACAAGCCACUGCCCUGUGGACUGCAAAUAAGAUCGCAGCUGAUUAUGGGAAUGAUCCUUCUCUCACUUCCAUUUUGGACACAAUGGAUAUCUUCCUACUGCCUGUCACAAAUCCAGAUGGAUAUGUGUUCUCACAAACCAAAAAUCGGAUGUGGCGGAAGACCCGGUCCAGGGUCCCCGGCAGCCUCUGUGUGGGUGUGGAUCCCAACCGGAACUGGGAUGCUGGAUUCGGAGGACCUGGAGCCAGUAACAACCCUUGCUCUGAUUCCUACCAUGGACCCAGUGCCAAUUCCGAAGUUGAAGUAAAAUCCAUUGUGGACUUCAUUAAGGCUCAUGGAAACGUCAAAGCCUUCAUUACCCUACACAGCUAUUCCCAGCUUCUCAUGUUCCCCUUUGGCUACAAGUGCACCAAGUCGGAGAACUUUGAAGAGUUGGAUCAAGUGGCCCAAAAGGCUGCCAAUGCCUUGAAGAGCCUGCAUGGCACCAGUUACAAAGUGGGACCAAUCUGCUCUGUCAUCUACCAAGCCAGUGGCGGGAGCAUUGACUGGUCCUUUGACUUUGGCAUCAAGUAUUCAUUUGCCUUUGAACUGAGAGACACAGGACGCUAUGGCUUCCUUCUACCGGCCACCCAGAUCUUGCCCACAGCAGAAGAGACCUGGCUGGGCCUGAAGACCAUCAUGGAGCAUGUGCGAGACCACCUGUACUAGGGACCCAGGGAGUAAACACCAUUAAAAUAUCUUUUGCUCGAAG